AUGGAGUACCCACAAGAGAGUUUCGUUGCGACGACAUUCGCGGAGGACUCAUUUUGGGCACGUCGUCGUGAAGUGGUGCGAGUUCGAACAUUGCGGCAUCAACUUCAGAUGCUCAAGCGGACUGGUAGAUAUGAUGCGUUCCGUCUCAAAUGGCAUCCUAGCUACUCAGACCCUCCCACGGUCUAUCCGAUUCCGAACCAUCAAUUCUGGGAUUCCGAUAUUGCCAAGUGGAUCGAAGGUGCCUGUUACUUGCUCACGGAUCAUUUCGACGACGAGAUCGACGCAGCAGUCAAGGAACUAGUGCAUAUGAUUCAAGAAGCGCAGCACGCCGACGGCUACCUCAAUAUUCAUUAUUCUGUCGUUGAGCCGGGGAAGCGCUUCACCAAUUUGCGAGACAUGCAUGAACUUUAUAAUGCAGGCCAUCUCAUUGAAGCCGCCCUCGCUCACAGCCUCUACUACAAGAACGACGACAUGCUGUCGCCAAUUCUCAAAUAUGUGGAUCUUCUGGCAGCGACUUUUGGGGCUCAGGAAGGCCAACUCCCCGGGUAUCCUGGUCACCCCGAGAUUGAGCUGGCUCUCCUGCGCCUUUAUAAAGCCACAGGCUUGUCAAAACAUCUUCAGCUGGCCCAAUUCUUCAUCGAAGAGAGAGGAAACCCCCGAGGUGGAAAGGAAAAACGGCAUUACUAUGACGUGGAGGCAGAGGCCCGCGGUGAAAGUGGACACGACCUGCCCAUGUACUUCCCCGCUGCAAGAAGCUAUUGGUAUCAACAAGCACAUGCACCAAUCGUCGAUCAAAAGACAAUCGAAGGGCACUCAGUCCGUGCUAUGUACCUCCUCACAGCAGUCGCCGAUCUAGUCCGAAUCAAUCAGCCUACCAGUGGAAUCGGGGCAAAAUUCCUGCCUGCUGUACACCAGCUGUGGUCCAACAUGGUAGAAAAGAAGUCAUAUGCUACGGGUGGCAUCGGGUCCGUGAAAAAGUGGGAAGGCUUUGGGAUUGACUACUCCCUACCCCAAGGCACUGACGAAGGCGGUUGCUACGCUGAGACCUGUGCUGCAAUUGGGGUCAUGAUGCUAGCUGAGCGGCUGUUGCAGGUGGAGUUAGACAGUCAUUACGCGGAUAUCAUGGAACUCUGCCUUUACAAUGCAGUUUUGACAGGUAUGAGCUUGGAUGGAAAGGCCUUCACUUACGUCAACCAGUUAGCUUCCUCGGACCAAGAUAUCUCGCAGCGCCAUGAGUGGUUUGAAUGCGCUUGCUGUCCGCCCAAUGUCACUCGAACUCUGGGCUUCCUUGGUGGCUAUCUUUGGAGUCACACUCUGAAGGACCAAAGUGCUGUGGUCAAUGUGCAUCUAUAUACUUCAGCCACUUUGAGUCUCAAAGUAUCACGGUCAACAGUAAAAGUCCAGCAGAGAACUGAUUGGCCGUGGAAUGGUGAUGUGAAUUUUGAUAUACGGACUGAAGGACCACCGGUUGAUCUGCGAUUACGGCUGAGGAUUCCUGGCUGGGCGAAAUCAUGGGAGGUUACCCCUCGCCCCGAGCAGCUGGAUGUCCGAGACGGAUAUCUGUAUUUGAGCACAGAGUGGCUGCAGCAGAAUCCACAGUUCCGAUUUUCUUGUCCCAUGCAAGCACUCGUGGUCCGACCCCAUCCUCUAGCUAUGCAGCCCGUGGCAUAUGUUACACGGGGACCAAUUGUAUAUUGUGUUGAGGAUGCUGAUCACCCAUGGGAGCAGCAUCAUUUCAAGGUAACGCAACCGGCCAGACACGUAAAAUGGAUCAAGAGCGAGGUGCUAAGGCAUGAAAUACAGAGGACCAUAUUCGAUUCCACAGCGCCUUUGCGGGAAGAACAGCGGUCUCAGCCUGACCGAUAUGUGGCCAUUAUCGCUGAAAAUGGCGUUGCAGGGGAGCUAGAUACGUCGGCUUGGAAUAGACAAAUUGCGGUAGAAUCUCGGAAUGCGGUGGUUGGGGAGCGGAGAAACUUGUGCUUCAUUCCAUAUUAUUUGCGAGCUAACCGGGGAGGACAAGGGCAGAUGAGAGUCGGUCUACGGGUUGUAUAG